CCUUCGUAAUCCAAUCACACUUUCUUGCUUCUCUCUCUCUCUCUCUCUCUCUCUCUCUCUCUAAACUCUUCUGAAAUCAAAUUGUUUCCAAUCCCAAAAAGAUCAUUUCUUUUGCGUGCAGGAUCGCUUCUUCUUGAAUCUCCGAUAUUGGGUGAUCUCGAAUUUGGUAUUUUUGUCUUCUUUUUUUACGGGGGCCUUCCGUUUGGGGAUAAAGAGAAGGCGAGAGAUGGAGUACAGAUGCGUGCAGUGUGGAUUUAGGAUCAAGAAACUGUACGUGCAGUACUCACCCGGGAACAUUCGCCUCAUGAAAUGCGAGAACUGUAAAGCGGUUGCUGAUGAGUAUAUUGAAUGUGAACUCAUGAUUCUGCUGAUUGAUUUGAUUCUGCACAAGCCGAAAGCAUACAGACAUCUCCUUUACAAUGUACUCAAUCAAGAAACAGGGGAGUGCAAGGGAUUGUUGUGGAAAUCGGCCUUGGGUUUUCUUGCUUUGGAUGCUUACAGGUGUCUAUUGCUGGAAAUGGCUCGAGAAGGAUGGGAUGCGUCAAUGAGCUUCAGCUCUGUUACUUGGACGUGUGUAAAGAUAUUGGUGGAUGUCUUUCUUGGGAACUUUUUCCUCUUUUAUCUCCUUCUGCUCAUGACGAGAAUCUCUUUCACAUUACCAGUUGGAUUCUCCAGGCACAAGGACUUUACGCUUGCAAUCCUUGUUUCAAGCUACUUCAAGCUUUUACUAUUAGCCAUGAUGAUUUGGGAAUUUCCAUCAUCAGUGGUUUUCAUCAUUGACCUAUUUGUCUUGUCCUCCAAUGCAAUGGCUUUGAAAGUGAUCACUGAGUCAACCACGGAAAAAUGCAUAGGAGCUUGUUUCACUGCACAUGCUGCCAAAUUUUUUGCCAGUCAUCUUUUGAAAUGGUGCUUUGCUUGACAACCCCGUGAGGAUCCCCGCUUCUCCUUUUCAUGGCUUCCAUUUGAUGGAGGAAGAACGAGGAGGAAAGGCCUCGGUUGAUAUGUCGCGACUUACUUUGACUUGUCGGCCUUCUGAUGGCACAUAUGGUAGAGCAGCUUCAGAUGAAUGCUUCAAAGAUAUUGCAAAUUGCUGGCAUCUCAAGUUCUGAAGCAGUAUUUUGGACAACCAAAGUCAUCACACAUUGAUAGGUCUCCAUCGCAGCCUAUCACACGACUUCACUGCCUGUUCAAAGCAAUGGUAACUUUUAAGUGAAUAUUUUCACUUUUUGCUGUGUCGUGUAUCCAGCUUUGGUUCCAAUUGUUUUCUCGUCAGCAGAAGUCGUUAGUGAGGUUAAUCUGACCAAUGACCCGAUGCUUGCUUCAAGAAUAUUUAAGUGUUGAUAAAGCUAAUUACCGAAGUUGUCUAGGUUACUUCUGUGUUGAUAUGGUAUCCAA